AUGACUCUACACAGCAGUGAUAAAAUAAAAGCGACGGGAAACGGGACUCGCCGGGUCGGCCGCCGACGUCUCCCGUGGCUUUUUCAGCUCUGGUUCGUGCGGUUGGCGCUCCUGGUGAAGCUGGGCCUUUUCCAAAACGCAGAGGUGGAAUUCGAACCGUUCGGGAACCUGGACCAACCGGACCUGUACUACGAAUACUAUCCUCACGUGUAUCCGGGCCGCAGAGGCUCCAUGGUUCCCUUUUCAAUGAGGAUCUUGCAUGCCGAACUUCAACAGUAUCUGGGAAAUCCUCAGGAGUCGCUGGAUCGGCUGCACCGGAUGAAAACGAUCUGCAAUCAGAUACUGAGCAAUCUGGAGCGAGGCUUCACCGAAGACGGGAGCCUGAGCAACCUGACGCAGGAGAACAGGCAAGCCUCUGUUCAGCUGUGGAGGUCACGCCUGGCCCGGGUGAUGUACUCCGUGGCGAACUGUCUGCUCAUGAUGAAGGAUUACGUGCUGGCCGUUGACGCGUAUCAGUCGGUCAUCAAGUACCAUCCAGAGCAAGAACCUCAGCUGUUGAGCGGAAUCGGAAGGAUUUUCCUUCAGAUUGGAGACAUAAAGACGGCCGAAAAGUACUUCCAAGACGUUGAGAAAGUAACACAGAACUCGAACGGAUCACAGAGCAGAAUAAUGGUUUUAAUGAACAGGGCGUUUCUCCACCUGGGGCAGAACAACUUUGGAGAAGCCCACAGAUUCUUCACAGAAAUCCUGAAGAUCGACCCAGCAAACGCAGUGGCGAACAACAACGCCGCCGUCUGCCUCCUCUACCUGGGGAAACUGAAGGAUUCCCUGCGUCAGUUGGAAGGGAUGGUGCGGCGGGAUCCCCAGCCCUACCUCCACGAGAGCAUCCUCUUCAACCUGACCACCAUGUACGAGCUGGAGUCCUCCCGCAGCUCGCAGAAGAAGCAGCUGCUCCUGCGGGCCGUGGCCGCCGAGGAGGGGGACGGCUUCAACACCCAGUGCCUCAAGCUGGGCUAGGGGCCCCCCCGCCCCCGGCCUCUCCGCGGGUCCGGCUCCUCCCCGGCCCGCCGGCGGGAGAGACGCCCACCCGUUCAGUGAAGUCCACAACCACGAUGGUCUGAGAGAGUCGCCGAGGCCGGAAGGACGGGGACGGACGAAGGGGUCCGGGGCCGGGGGGGGGGAGGCGGGGGCGGCGCGCGGGCCUCGCCGGCCGGCUCGUCCCCGCUUCGCGGACGGAGACGCCGAGGCCCGGCAGGGAGGCGAGAGGCGCCGAGGAGCGGCGGGGGACGUGGGUCCCGCGGCCCGUCUGCCGGGCGACCUGGGG